AAUUAGUUAAAUUAAGGGAAAUCAAGAUCAUCAUAAUGGUGAGGCCUCCUUGUUGUGACAAAGGAGGAGUGAAGAAAGGGCCAUGGACUCCUGAAGAAGAUAUCAUUUUAGUUACUUACAUCCAAGAACAUGGUCCUGGUAAUUGGAGAGCUGUUCCUACCAAUACUGGGUUGCUUAGAUGCAGCAAGAGUUGUAGACUUAGAUGGACAAACUAUUUAAGGCCAGGAAUCAAAAGAGGCAAUUUCACUGAACAUGAAGAAAAGAUGAUUGUUCAUCUUCAAGCCCUCUUAGGAAAUAGAUGGGCUGCAAUAGCGUCAUAUCUUCCACAAAGGACAGACAAUGACAUUAAGAACUAUUGGAACACUCAUUUGAAGAAGAAACUCAACAAAGUCAAUCAAGAUUCUCAUCAAGAACUUGACCAUUCCUCGCUCUCAUCUUCACCAUCGUCUUCUUCCGCUAAUUCCAACUCAAACAUCUCAAGAGGCCAAUGGGAAAGGCGACUUCAAACCGAUAUCCACUUGGCGAAAAAGGCUCUCUCUGAGGCUUUAUCUCCUGCUGUUGCACCAAUCAUAACAUCUACAGUGACAACAACAUCCUCUUCAGCUGAAUCAAGACGCUCUACUUCCUCGGCUUCCAGGUUUCUUAGGACGCAAGAAACAUCUACAACUUAUGCCUCAAGCACCGAAAAUAUUGCGAAAUUGCUCAAAGGGUGGGUGAAAAACUCGCCAAAGACUCAAAACUCCGCGGGUCAAGUCGCUUCUACAAACUCUGAGGUAAAGGAUGUGAUCAAGAGUGAUGAUGGGAAGGAUUGUGCAGGGGCAUUUCAGUCAUUUUCUGAGUUUGAUCACUCAUAUCAACAGGCUGGUGUUUCACCUGAUCAUGAGACCAAACCAGACAUAACUGGAUGCUGCAGUAACCAAAGUCAAUGGUCUUUGUUUGAGAAGUGGUUGUUUGAGGAUUCUGGUGGACAGAUUGGUGAUAUUCUAUUGGAUGAAAACACUAAUUUCUUCUGAAGAGUUUGCUUAAUCACACGGUUCUAAUUUUAGGAUCCUCAUCUCUACUAUUUUUUUUUUGGUUUUUCCAAAUUAACUUGCUUAGAUUAUCGUGAGAUAAAUCAUUAAUAAUUUU